AUGACACCAAAUGAGCUCAAAGUCAUAGACACCGUCGGUACACCCGAGUAUCUCAAAGGUGACCUUUCUGACGAAGAGAUGGAUAUCCCCUCGCACAUGAUACCACCAAACCCUGACGAUUCGGAUGUUCUGCCUUCACAUGUGCAUCCAUCAUACCCCUAUGGCGAUCCUACCCACAUUAAGCACCCCGCUUCUCGUCCUCGGGUGCCGUACGACCCGACUUCGCGCGCAUUAUUUGAAGAUAUGGGGUAUGGCGGAGGGGGUGCAAACGGUACUCUGAGAUGGAAAGACCUCGCCCUGGAUAUCCUUCUUCCCAUAGAUCGCGAGAAAGAGGAGGCUGAAAGAGCAGCACAAGCACGGAAGAUGGCUAGCGGUGCGACGGCGAAUCAACACCAAGGUGGGCAACAGCAAGUGCCUCCACAGCAGCAGCAACAGCAGCAGCAAAUCCCCCCUCCACAACCUAUGAAUACGACCAUGGAUGAAGAUGAAGCAGAUGAUGAAGAUGGUGAGGAGGAUAAUGACGAGAAUGAAGACGAAAAUAUGGAAGAGGAUGAGGGCUCAGUGCCUGAAGGGGAUGAAGAGCCCGUGGAAGAAUAG